GGCAUGGGGCCAGCACGUCUAGCCAGCUAGAAGUGCCACGACUUCACAGUAGUCCAGCGAUUGCCCGGCGGAGUUAGGAGGAAGAUAUCAGGCAAAAAGCAAUUUAGCUAGACCGCUGCAAAUACAGAGGAACUGCACACUGCAAUUGUUAGGUCCCCGAUUGAAAACUCACGGCAAUCCCUCAAUUUUUCUUUCAGCCAAGCAGACACAUUCUCAUCAAUAGCGAGGUGAAUUAACAUUGAACAAUGGAUAUCUAUGACCCGCAGACCCUUGGUAUAAUGGUUUUUGGUGGAUUCAUGGUGAUCUCUGCAGUUGGGAUUGCUCUUGUUUCUUCCUUCUCUAUGAAGGAGACCUCUUAUGAAGAGGCACUUGCAAAACAGCGGAGUGAAUCAGGUAAGAUACAAUCAGGUCGCACAGAUAAAAAGAAAAAGGACAAAACAUCUGACAAGAAGAACCGUGGAAAAAAGAAGGAUGAAAAGCCCAAUGGGGUCAUCCCAGAAGCUGAAAAAAAACCAGAUGAGACACAUGACGCUGAUCAAGUCCAUAAACCUCUUGCUGCACCAAUUGUGGCUACUGCUCCUGCCUCUCAAUCUAUCUCUGAGGCAAAGCGAAAUGCAACCUCCGUACCAGCACAGCCACAGUCCAAAGCUGUCAAACCAAGCCAAAUUCCUGCUGAGUCCUCACCUGUUCCUUCACCUAAAGACAAAAAGAAGAAGAAAUCGGCCAAGAUUGAAACAACCUCGACUCAGCCUCCACUUGCAGUUGCCCCUGCACUGGGCAAACCCUCACCAGUUUCUGCUCCAGUCCAGGCCAAGGAAUCUGCCAAAGCCAAAUCAGCGGGUGCCUCUGCCCCAACCAAAUUAAAUCCCUCAACUUCUGUACCUGCCAAGGCAUCCUCUGCUUCAACGUCAAGCAAAUCUACUUCCAAGUCUGCUACACCCUCGACGAAAUCUCCUCCGGCCUCUGAUUACCCUGCCCCUACCUCAACCAAGUCCACACCAACCUCACCAAAGUCCGCCAAGGACAAGUCCGCCCCGGCCACGGACAAGUCCGCCAAGGACAAGUCUGCCCCAGCCACGGACAAGUCCACCAAGGACAAGUCCACCAAGGACAAGUCCGCCCCGCCCAAGGACAAGUCGGCACCGGCCACGGACAAGUCUGCCAAGGAUAAGUCGGCCCCGGCCACGGACAAGUCCGCCAAGGACAAGUCGGCCACGGAUAAGUCUGCCAAGGACAAGUCUGCCCCGGCCAUGGACAAGUCCGCCAAGGGCAAGUCUGCCGCGGCUACAGACAAGUCCUCCAAGGACAAGUCCGCCCCGGCCACGGACAAGUCCGCCAAGGACAAGUCCGCCCCAGCCACAGACAAGUCCGCUAAGGACAAGUCCGCCACAGACAAGUCAGCCAAGGACAAGUCCGCCCAGGCCACGGACAAGUCCGCCCAGGCCAAGGACAAGUCCGCCAAGGACAAGUCCACCCCGGCCACGGAUAAGUCCACAAAGGACAAGACCGUCAAGGACAAGACCGCCCCAGCCAAGGACAAGACCGCCACGGACAAGACCGCCACGGACAAGACCGCCACGGACAAGUCCGCCAAGGACAAGUCUGCCAAGGACAAGACCGCCCCGGCCACGGACAAGUCUGCCAAGGACAAGACCGCCCCGGCCACGGACAAGUCUGCCAAGGACAAGACCGCCACGGACAAGUCCGCCAAGGACAAGACCGCCCCGGCCAAGGACAAGCCCGCCAAGGACAAGCCCGCCCCAGCCAAAGACAAGCCCGCCACCCCCACCUCAAGCAAAUCCACUCCCGCCUCUACCAAAGUUGCCCCUUCCUCGGGCAAGUCUGCCUCAGCCACAUCCAAGUCUGCUGCCGCUCCAACCAAAACCUCAGCAGUACCCACCAAGUCUGCCCCACUUCUUGAAGCUGUCACUAAAGAUGUUCCCGUCAUGGCUGUACCCCCAGUGGGUUCUAGUGCACCAAAAGCCCAGGAGCCCAAGAAGAAGGCCUCCAAGAAAAAAUCUGAGAGUGUGGAAGCCGUGGAUUCAGCUGACACUCCGCUAUAUCUACCCUACAAGACUUUGGUUUCCACGAUCGGCAACAUGGUGUUCAGUGAGGGAGAAGCUCACAAGCUCAUUGACAUGUUGUCUGAGAAAGCUGGCAUCAUUCAGGACACCUGGCACAUGGCCACUCAGAAAGGAGACCCAAUGGCCAUCCUGAAGAAACAAUUGGAGGAGAAACAAAAACAGUUGGGGGCUCAACAAGAAGACUCCUCUGCAGCAAAGAACCGACUGAGAGAUCUCACUAAGGAGCUGGCUGCCGAGAAGUCCAAAGUGGCCAGUGUCGAGACUAGGCUGAGCUCCCAGCUAAGCAAGCGGGAGCAGGAAAUGAUUGCUUUACAAGCUCGCAUGCAGGCCAGCUACCAGGACCAUGUGGCACAAACCCAGAAGCUCAAUGCAAAGAUUGUCAGUCUGCAAGACCAGAUAGAAAAGGGUCCCAAUGCCCAGCUGGCCCGUCUCCAGCAGGAGAACUCUAUUCUCCGUGAUGCUCUCAACCAAGCUACCAGUCAAGCUGAGAGCAAACAAAAUGCGGAGCUAGCCAAACUGCGUCAGGAAUGUGCAAAGCUAACCAAGGAAGUUGGGGAGAAGACUGAAAUUUUGCAUGCUGAUGAACACGUGAGGAAAGGGUUGGAGGCUAAGGUGUCUGCCACGGAGAAGCAGCUCUCUUUGCUGCAGGCCAACCACGUAGAGAGCCAGCAAGGGUUGCAGAGGAAAUUGGAGGAGGUCUGUGAGGAGCUGAGAACUACACAAACUGCAAAAAACAACCUGCAGGAUUCUUUGAAGAAGGCCCAGCAGGACACCAGCACACUCUCAGACUUUCAGAUGCGAAUGGGAAAUCUUGAAGCUCAGGUCAAGGAGCGCGCUGCUCAGGUUAAUGCUCUCACUGCUCAGCUGGAAGGAACACAGGUUGAGAAACAACAGCUCGUGCAACAGUUGGCAUCCAUCACCUCUUUGUUGGAGGCCAGUCAGAGUAAAAACGAACAGGCUCCUCAACAGCAGGUAAAUGCUGAGGAACUGCAGCAAUUAAAACUCAGCCUGCAGGAGAGGGAUGACCAGUUGAGCACUCUACAGGAGGAACUGAAGCAAUUUCAGAUAAAGAAGGAGGCAGCGCAAUCAGAUGUCUCUGCUGAACAAAUAAAGAGCAGUCUGACAGAGAAGGAAGCCCUCGUCACGUCCCUGCAAGAGCAGCUGAAGGAGUGGAAACAAAAUGAAGCUGCAAUGAUCCAGUUAAAAGAUUUUCAAAGUGAAGCCAAAGAAUCUCUCCAAAAACUCUUCCCUCUUAUACCCCUAGAAACACAACAGCCAAAUUGGUUGCAGGGUUUUACGAUGAAAGCUCAGGAUGUUCUUAGACAGCAGAGCCAACAAUCCCAGUCCAGGAGUCAAGAAUCACCUGAGUUGCUUGAAAAGUUGAAGGAGGCUGAGGAGAACCACUCUACCAUGCAAGCAGAAUGUGAGCAGUACAGGACGGUUUUAGCUGAAACGGAAGGAAUGCUGAAACAUCUGCAGAAGAGUGUGGAGGAGGAGGAGUUAGUGUGGAAGUCGAAAAUGAUGAGCUCUGAGGAGCAACUGAAAGCAGCUUUGGAGGAAGUACACAAGCUAGAGUCAGAAAAGCAAAGUAUAAAGCAGUUGAAAGAGCAGAUGAUGCUUCUGGAGGCACAGCUGGAGAAGCAGUCAGAUAACCAUUGCCUCGCCGAGGAGAUGGAACAGCUAAGAUUGCAGCUGUCUGGCAGUCAGAACCAGCUGGACUUGGCCCACAAGGAGGUCCAGGCGCACAAGGAGGAGCUUGCUCAGGUCAGAGAGCAGCUGAGCCAAGUCGCGUUGAGCGGCCGGCGAGAACAGAACGGCCCCACAGAGGCUCAACCUAGCCAGGUUUUGUCAGAGUUGAAUCAGACAACUGAGAAGCUGCAAGGGGAGACAGCUGCAAGACAGAAUCUGUCAGAAGAGUUUCAGCAGGCCCAAGCAACCAUCACAGAACUUCAGGCUCAACUGGAUCUUCUGAAGGAUUCAGCAGAGUCGCAACAAGGUGACUCAGAAGCUGUUGCUCAGCUCAAGGAACGUCUGGAGAAGGAGAAGAAGUUGUCCAAAGACCUGGGACAGGCGGCCACCAAGCUCCAGCAACUUCUCAAAGCCUCACAGGAGCAGCUGAGUAAAGAGCGAGAGACGGUUGUAACACUACAGGGACACCUAGACGGCAAGGGUGAAUACGUGGAAUUAAAGGAAGGAACAUCCGUCUGAGAGGAAGAUCAGUGUAUGGAUAUCAAACCAAAUAUGCCUUAUGAAUACCAUAGUUAUGCAUUCCAAAACAAUUUCUUUAUUGUACUGUAGUUUUUUUUUUUUUUUUUUUUUUUAAUAAUGCCAGUAAUCAAAUUAUUUGAUAUUAGCAUUAUAUUACUAUAGGAGGCAAUCAUGCUGCAAUCUUGACUGAAAACCCACAUUGCAUCAACAGUUCUGACUAUAUCAGGAGAUGUGUACUCCUGCCUUUUAGUCCAAAUAUUUGCCCAUGGUUCAGUGUUAAAAGGGAAACCGAGUGUACGUUAAACGUACAUCUACCUGUGCAAUUACUUUGUAUGUUUGGGUUUUUUUUUUCUUUAUGUGCUUUACUGAUGGUAAUACUUCAGUUACAAGUGCUUUGGGCCUGCUUCUCUCCAGAGCGGGCCACCAACUUAAUUAAGUUGAAUUUGUAUGGAUGAAUAAACUACAGUGUAACUAUGUAACUGA